GAAGGAGAGGAGCGAGGGAUAAAAACCUUUCUCUCCGACGCAAAGCCAGCCAGCGAGCCAGCGAGGGGGAGAAAGAGAGAGAGAGAGAGGGAGGGAGGUCGAGGCGAGCGUCGACCGGUCGUUCGGUGUGAGGAGGAAGAGGAAGAGAUCGCCGGAGAAGAGGAGGCGGACGAGAAGAGAUGUUUCUGGUGGAUUGGUUCUACGGGGUGCUGGCGUCGCUGGGGCUGUGGCAGAAGGAGGCCAAGAUCCUCUUCCUCGGCCUGGACAACGCCGGCAAGACCACCCUCCUCCACAUGCUCAAGGACGAGCGGCUGGUGCAGCACCAGCCGACGCAGUACCCGACGUCCGAGGAGCUGAGCAUCGGCCAGAUCAAGUUCAAGACCUUCGAUCUCGGUGGCCACCAGAUCGCCCGCCGAGUCUGGAAGGACUACUACGCCAAGGUGGAUGCGGUUGUUUACUUGGUGGACGCUGCUGACAAGGAACGGUUUGCCGAGUCGAAGAAGGAGCUCGACGGCCUUCUUUCAGAUGACUCCCUUGCGAAUGUGCCUUUCCUCGUACUGGGUAACAAGAUCGACAUACCUAUCGCAGCAUCCGAGGAGGAGCUGCGCUACUACCUUGGGCUGAGCAACUUCACCACUGGGAAGGGCAACGUGAACUUGUCGGAUUCAAAUGUGCGGCCCCUGGAGGUGUUCAUGUGCAGCAUCGUCCGCAAGAUGGGCUAUGGUGAAGGUUUCAAAUGGAUGUCCCAGUACAUCAAGUGAAGGGCCUUCCUGCUGUCCACCGUGGCAAUAUUCAGGUCCUGGUUCUUUGCCCGUCUCAUCAUCCUUGAUGCUCUGGGGAGAACUGCAGCUGCAAGAAAAGAUUUAUCUUAGUGAUAGGGAAAACCUGUAAGUUGACGAUAAUCCUAGAUAUAUGGUUGCGUAAAUUUGUUUGACAGUUCGUGUGUAAUGUGAUUUUACUAGUUACAAUGCGGUUGCUGGGAUCAGUUGUAGACUAUGGGAAGUGUCUCAGCUAUUGUAAUCUGUCAUCUCAGUCGGUGAAAUGUUUGUUACCACCAGCUUAGAUUAUGUUGGUGAAACUUUUUGAGCAACCCUGUC